UGAUGUUUCCAACAGCUGACAGACGGUGAAAGCCUGGGCGAGAGCUGUCAGGGAGGGAGAGAUCGGAGUCUCUCCGCGGAACGGGCAGAAUACACAACCCGAUCACUGUUGGACUUUGGAUUGCUUCGAACCAGGAUAUUGAUAUCGAGCAAUUUUUAUUGCUCUGUCCGAAUUGAGACAUUUGUUAAAUUCAAUAAUAUUACGUCGUUGGUGCAUGUGCAUUUGAACAUUUACAGUUUGCAUCUACCCCCUAAACCCGUGCCCAAUGCCGAGGAAUGGAUAGUGUGUCUGAGAAAGGUGGAAAGAUGGUCGAGAGUGAUGAGCAGUCGGAGAGGGAAAGUGGCGGUGGCGCAGCGAUGGCAGCUCUACACCAAUGCGAACUCAUCCAGAACAUGAUUGAAAUCUCCAUAUCCAGUUUACAGGGGCUCCGGACGAAAUGCGCCGCGUCCAACGAUCUCACACAGCAAGAGAUACGUACUUUAGAGGUGAAGCUGAUGAAGUACAUUUGUAAGCAGCUGCAGUGUAAGCAGAAAGUGCCGGAGACAGAGAGGCCUCAGGCCUUGGACAGCUACCCACGGCUGGGGGACUGGCUGCGCACCGUCAACCUGAGACCUGAGCUCAUAGAGGCGGUGCCGGUGAAGCUGUCUUUGGAUGCCUUGCUGCAGAUGCCAGGUUCUCAUGUGCGGGAGACCAUGAGGAGACUGGGCUCCAGUUUAGAGGAGUGUUCCAGGCUCAGCGCUGCCCUCUCCUGCCUGAAGAGCGCCACUGAAUCAGAUGGAGAGCUAAGAGAGGAUGGGGGGCCCUGGUUCUCUGAGCCCACCCGUCGAGAAAGUGGCUCUCUGCUGCUGCCUCCAGACCAGCUGUUGGGAGGGAUGGGGGGUCCAAUGCGCCCCCACAGCCCCUCUCCUCUAGCUCGGCCCCCCACCACCCCAUCCACUCCCUCCACCCCCUGCACCGCCUGUGCCCAUCCCCGGUCCUUCUCCGUGUCUACAAUGCCUGGUCCCGAGGCCCACGGGGCAUACGUUUACGCUGACACCCCCUUCACAGACCCCUUCCCCCUCUCUGCCGCCCGACAGGGGCGACUCCACGGGCACACCUCCACCCCGCCCCUCACCCCGCCCUCCAAGAGACGCCACAGGCUGAAGCCCCCCUGCACCCCGCCGCCACCCUCCCGCAAGGUGCUGCACCUUCUGCCCAACAUCACCCUGACCCGCAGCAAGAGCCACGAGUCCCAGCUGGGGAACCGCAUCGAGGAGCCGCCAACCAACAAGUGUGCAAAGAAGAAUAAGUUGUUCCUCAACGUUCAGAUCAAUGGGAAUGGCUGUGAGGACUCACCCUCCCGUUCCCCCCACCGGUCUGCCCGCACCCCUGGGGUUUCCACCCCCGCCCCUGCCCCCACCCCCUACACCCUACCUGGUACCCCUACCCUGAUGGAGGAGCAUUCAUCCCACCUCAAGAAUAACAUGGGGUUGCACCGUGGCUCCCCACAGGCAGUGAGGAGAGACAUAGGCCUGGCCGUCACUCACAGAUUUUCCACCAAGUCGUGGCUGUCCCAGACAUGUCAGGUCUGUCAGAAGAACAUGAUGUUUGGUGUGAAGUGUAAACACUGCAGGUUAAAGUGCCAUAACAAAUGUACUAAAGAAGCUCCCUCCUGCAGAAUCUCUUUCCUGCCAAUCACCAAAAUACGGAGGACUGAGUCUGUGCCGUCUGACAUCAACAACCCUGUGGACCGGCCAUUAGAGACACCACAGUUUGGCACACUGCCAAAGGCCAUCACCAAAAAGGAUCACCCCCCUGCGCUGAACCAGUUGGACUCCAGUAGUAACCCAUCCUCCACCACCUCCUCCACACCCUCCUCCCCUGCCCCUUUCCAGAACCCUCCCAGUGCCACCCCGCCCCCCAACUCCUCGCCCAAGGUCCACCGGGACAACCGCUUCCACUUCCCAGCUGCCUGCUACUUUCAGCAUAGACAGCAGUUUAUCUUCCCUGAUGUGUCCAGUUCUUCUACGUUGCACUCUGAAGCCCUCCAUGACACAGUGGAGACUGAACCAGCAGAUGACAUACACUUUGAACUGGCCGAGGAUGAGGACGGAGAGGAGGAAGAGGAGGAGGUGGUUGAACCUGAGAUCGACCCAGACCCAGUAGUGGAGGAGGAAGAUGAGGAGGAGGAAGAUGAUGAUGAGGAAGAUGAAGAUGGGGGUGGGAGUGAGAUGAAUGGGGGUUCGGAUGGUGAGUGUGAUGGUGAUGAGUUGGAUGACCUGCCCAACUCAAGGGGAGGUCGCUGGAAAGGCCCCAUCUCCCGUAAGGCCAGCCAGACCAGUGUCUACUUGCAGGAGUGGGACAUCCCCUUCGAACAGCUGGACCUGGGAGAGCUCAUUGGGAAGGGCCGUUGGGGCAAGGUGCAUAAGGGCCGUUGGCAUGGAGAGGUGGCCAUCAGGCUGCUGGAGAUAGAUGGGAACAACCAGGACCACCUGAAGCUGUUUAAGAAGGAAGUGAUGAACUACAGACAGACCCGUCAUGAGAAUGUGGUCCUCUUCAUGGGGGCCUGCAUGGCCCCGCCCCACCUCGCCAUCAUCACCAGUUUCUGUAAAGGGAGGACAUUAUACUCUGUCGUUCGAGACACCAAAAACACACUGGAUAUAAACAAGACGAGGCAAAUUGCUCAAGAAAUUGUAAAGGGAAUGGGCUAUCUGCAUGCCAAAGGCAUUGUCCACAAGGACUUGAAGUCGAAGAACGUCUUUCAUGACACCAAUAAAGUGAUUAUUACAGACUUUGGUCUGUUUGGAAUCUCUGGAGUGGUUCAGGAGGGGAGGCGAGACAAUGAGCUGAAGCUUCCACAUGGCUGGAUCUGUUACCUGGCGCCAGAAAUCGUACGCAGGAUGAGCCCUGGAAACAAUGAGGACCGCCUGCCCUUCUCCAACGCUGCAGACGUCUACGCCUUUGGCACCAUUUGGUACGAGCUCCAAGCCAGGGACUGGCCUAUCACCAACCAGCCUGUGGAGGCUACCAUCUGGCAGGUGGGGAGUGGUGAGGGCAUCAAGAAGGUCCUGGCAGAGAUCAGCCUGGGAAAGGAGGUCACGGAGAUCCUGUCUGCCUGCUGGGCCUAUGACCUGAGGGAGCGGCCCACCUUCACCCAGCUGGCUGACAUGCUGGAGAAGCUGCCCAAACUCAACCGGAGACUGUCCCACCCUGGACACUUCUGGAAGUCUGCAGACCUGCCCUGCUCUCUCUCCUCUCUGUGCUGCUGUGAUGUGGUUCUUCCUGCUGGGGGCUCCCAGACGACGCGGCCCAGAAACACUCCGUGGGCCAAAACAAUGGUUUUAACUCCUAUCACAAAUGUACCUCUGCAUUCACUCCCUCCUCUUUUCUCAUUGUGGUCUUGAUGCUUCAGGCUGCUUGAGUGAUGUAAUCCAACUGCCUCUUGAUUCUUACCCCUCAGCUCUCUGCAGUUAUUUGAUGGCAUACGCUGUGACACUGUCAUUGUGCUGGCCCAUGUCUGCCUUCUGGUCACUCGCUCGCUACCUGUACACAUUAUUUCAACAGGAGAAAAAACUAUAAGAAACAAACUAUCACCUUUGGUUGUUGGUUCCUAUUUAAAGUAAUCAUUUGUGUAGUGUUUCUUAUUUUGUUCCAUGAAAUUUGAAAGCACAAAGGUCUCAGGAGUUGGGAGAGCAUGAUUUAAUUGACUCUUGUCUCCAUGUUGCUUGUUUGAGUAGAAUCUGAUGAAACCAUACAUUUGAAAACGGCUCAGUGCAUGAAUGACGAAUGAAUAUGUUGACAGUUCACAGGUGUCAGCAUGCAAUGGGACCUUCCUCUCAUCAUCUCACUACCCAAUGGAAAUGGAAUUAUGUUGGUUAUUUAUGACUGAAGGUAUGUGAUGAUGAAGUGAGUGCCCUGAUUAUUAAAAGGCAUAAGAGGGCGCCACGGAGAAGAAAGAGAUGCCUUCUAUCAGCCUGUGAGUGGUGUAGAGGUAGACCAUUCAAGUAGUUUAGUAGAGUCAUUUACAGUGCAAAAAUAAUAGAACAAGUUUUGCCUGGCGCAAAAGUAUCCGAUAAUUUACUCCUUAAACAUGACCUUUUGUGCGUGCUUGUGUGUAUUAUGUUUGUGAUUGCUUGCCUCAGUUGGUGUGCCUGUAUUUGUGUUUGUUUGUGAGUGUAUGUGCGAGUGAGUGUAUUGUAUUGGAACAUGCAGGGUUGAUUUAGUGAAAGACUGCAGUAAAUGUUAUUGACGAUAUCAGUGCUAUCUAAGAUAGACAUGUAUAUACAUUAUUUAAUGUACAGCUAAUUAACACAAUUAUUGUAAUAUUUGUACAAACAUUUUAUAUGUACUAUACAUCAUUGCAUUUUUAAAUAGGUACUGCCCCCCCUAUUACAGAUGUAUAUAUCUUUAUAUUUUUUCAUGUACAAAAUACUGUAAAAAUACUGUACAUUUUUUUUGAAUGUUUUUUAUGUCAUGUAAAAAUUCAUAUUUUUGUAUUGCAUGUGGCUACCAUUCUGUAAACACAGUUUCUGUUUUCAUCAUUGAAAGAAAAUAAAAUGAAGCUUGUCAUGUGAAAAUGUAUGUUUGAGCUGAAUUUAAUAAAGUAUUUUAGUUAUGCUAUG